AUGAGGGAAUCACAUAGCAGAAACGACUCUGUUCUACCUACAGAAGCAAAUAUAUCUGACAUGAGUAAAAGCAUAUCUGGCGUGGAGUACAUCAGAGUGAAAAGACGUCGGGAUGAGGAUUCCGUACAGGCUUUGCUCUUAGAAGAGGAGAGAAACGCAAAAAAAGGGAAGUUCGUGUUCAAGCUAUCUAAGACUGUAGAGCUUGAGACUCCCGAUGUUAACAGUCCACUAUUGAAAUUGAGUAAUGAGAACAAUGAUAAAAAAAUGGUUUACGUUCUUGAAAGGGAACGGGAGCGCCAGGCAGCGUCAGAAUUGCAAGAAGAGCUACCGGAUAGCAUUGCGGAAAUGCUAAAUGACUAUCUUAAGAUAAAGGAGAAGGACUCACCAGAGCACAAGAAACGCAAGGCAAGUCGAAAACAUUCAAAAUCAUAUACAGCUCCGAUCUUGCCUCCUACAGAUUACGUUUACGAUGUGUAUGUGAAACAAACCAUACCAGAAGAUGAGGAGGAGUUCGUUUUCGAUAAGAGUACUAUCGGAUACAUCAGAAUCGUUGAGCAUAAUGGGGACAUGAUCCCAGAAGAAGAAGUAGAUCCAGAGAAAACAAUGUUGACUGACGAUGAGGAUUCAAAUGAGGAAGAUUAUUAUCAGAACGAUUAUCCGGAAGAUGAAGACGAUGACAGAUCAAUUUUUAUUGGAAGUGACGAAGAUAGGACGGAUUCAGAAGAUAUAGUAUACCUUGACGAAUUAAAUGAUGAACUGGAUCAAAAUUAUAAUGUGGACGGUGAGCAGGCUAACGAAACCACCAAUGAUAAUGGUGAUGAGUUUGAUGCAUUAUUUCAAAAUUACGGAGAAUCUUCCAAUCUUUUGAGCUCGUUGAAUGCCAAUAAUUACGUCGACUUUGACUACGACGACGAUGACCAUGCCGAUAGUGAUAAUGACAACGGUAAAUACGACGGUGACUUUGUCAAUUUGAAGCCAGAGGCUGAUGACGAUCACGAUACUGGAAUGGACGUAGAUGAUCAGACAUUCAAGAGAAAUUACUUCUUCCCAACUGACAAAGACGAUGAAGAUGCUAUACACAGAGAUCGUAUAUUCGGCAAGCUGCAAAAGAUGAUAGAUAAAGUGUGA